AUGAGACAACCUCGGCGUAGUCUAAUUGGAAGUAUGAUCGGAAAGAAGUUAAUGUUGGCAACUCCUCUUCUAAAGUGGUAUUUGGAACAUGGUUUAGAGGUACGCUCCAAAUAUUAUAAACUUGUAAAAUUGCAGAAGAAAUUUGUUAACAAAUUGUAUUAUCGUUUUAGGUAACACACGUCUACCAGGUAGUCGAGUAUACCCCUAAGCCAUGCUUCAAACCUUGUGGUGAUGCUGUAUUGGAUGCUCGUCGUGCUGGUGAUGCAGACACCUCCAAAGCCAUCAUCGCGGACACGAUGAAAUUGGUCGGGAAUAGGUGAGUUUUAAAAUCACGCUGUCGUAACGUAUGCAACAAAUUCUCUUUUUUUUGUAUUUCUUUGUUGUAACAGCUCAUACGGGAAGACCAUCACCAACAAAGAGCGUCAUCGCAAGGUGAAUUACUGCAACGAUGAUGAGGUCUCUGAAUUAAUCAACUCACCAUUCUACCGCCAAAUGAACGUGAUCGACGAUGACACCUACGAAGUGGAAAGUGCUAAGAAGAAAAUAAAGUUGGACUUACCGCUACAGGUAUGUAUUGCAUGAUCACUUUGUGUACCAGUAUGCGAAACUCCGAAUGUUACAGUUUUACUACGACUGUUUAGAUACAUACCUUGGCCGUUCCGAUUAUGAGUAUUGCGAGAUGGAUACAGACAGUGCCUAUAUCGCUAUUAGUGGUGAAAGUAUUGAAGAAUUGGUGAAGCCUGGUUUAAGAGAGGUGUUUGAGAGCGAUAAAUGUAACUGGUUUCCUCGCUCCGAUACAACUGAACAUGCGAAAUACGACAAGAGAAAACCGGGAUUGUUUAAAGUAGAAUGGGAAGGCGAUGUGAUUGUAUCCUUAUGUA